AUGCAUUUUUCGAUCUGUAGGAACGUGCUGGCUGGUCACAGUGGAGUGAGUGGUCACUAUGUUCAAGGACGUGUGACGGAGGCGUUUCAAGACAGCUUCGAACCUGCUCAUCACCAGUUGGUUGUAGGGGAGAGCCAGUCCGGUACAAGAUAUCCAUGCCGCGCAAACGUGUCUCUUCUAGAAGAAGACAUAUGGAGGGAGCAGCAGUGUAGUGCACAUGACAAUACUCCUUACGGCGGUGAACUCUUCCACUGGCGUGCUCAUCGUGAUGAUGCUGAACCUUGUGCGCUGACAUGCCGGGGAACUCCACAACAUUCCGGCUUAAAGCCUGAACCGACAGUAACGUUGGAUGAUGAGGAUCGUGUAGUGGUGGCUGUACUGGCUCCCAGAGUAUCGGAUGGUACAAGAUGCCGGCCUGGUAGCCUUGACAUGUGCAUUGAUGGACGAUGUCAGCGCGUCGGCUGCGAUCUACGGGUCGGGUCAACCCGGCGAGUGGACGAAUGCGGUGUCUGCGGCGGCGAUGGCUCGUCCUGCUCACGGCCGCGUUACCACUGGCUGUCUACACCUGGGUCUUUAUGUUCAGCAACUUGUGGGGGAGGGUAUAAAAUGUCGCUAGCUGUGUGCAGGGAUCGAUUGACGGGUUUAGAUGCUCCAGAACAACUUUGUGAUGGAUCAAGCAAGCCUUCCUCGUCUGUGGUGCGAUGUAACAUGCAUCCAUGUCCAUAUAAGUGGUACGUUGGUGAGUGGUCAUCAUGCAGCAUGACAUGUGGUGGUGGAGUUCGAACAAGAAGAGUUUUGUGUGCCAGGUCAGCAAAUGUUACACGAGCUGACACUUACGAUCCAGAAUCAAGCUCAGAGCCGGGUUGCGUGACUCCACCCCCGCGGUCUACACAGGACUGUAAUGAGCAAGAAUGCCCGACUUGGAUUGCUGGCGCCUGGUCAGGGUGCUCAGUAUCCUGUGGUGAAGGAGUACAAGUAAGAGGCGUGGAAUGCUCCCCUUCGGGUGGAAUGUGUGAUCCCUCCACCAGACCUGAGAUAUCCAGGUCGUGUUCCACCGGUAUCAGCUGUCCAGCGUAUCGCCAAAUGGAGUUACCUGAGGAUGAUAUAGAAGAUCUGCUACCAGGAGUAGUAUAUCACACUCAACCGCUAAUACAGCCUUAUCCACCACCUCAAGCGAAGGCUGAACAGCUCAUUGGAGAACCGGAUGUUCCAGUAGAGGCUACCAAUUUCAAAAUAUUCUUUGCGUGUGGCUGGUUGUAUGUAAGCUACAUCAAGGACGAUGAAUGGGGCCCGUGUAGUGUUACUUGUGGUGAAGGAUGGAGGAAAAAGGAGGUCCACUGCAAGAUAUUUCUAGAAUUCAGUAGAACGAUAGCGAAACUACCAGAUAGCAAGUGUAUGGGUCCUAAGCCUACCGAGGAAACACAGAGAUGUGUCAUGGAACCCUGCUCGAUGGCAUAUGGAACAUCGUUUGGAGACUCCAGUGCCCCGUCAUAUGGAGGGGAUAGCAGAUCUCUAAUAUUUGGAACUUCGAGUAACAUUCGAGUAGCUCCGGGUUCGCCCGGGAAAUCCUAUUCGUGGAAAGAAAAGGGAUAUACUAGUUGCAGUGCGUCUUGUCUAAGUGGUGUACAGGAACUAAUUAUCCAAUGCGUGAGAGACGAGGAUGGGAAAAAUGCAUCUCCAUACAUGUGCGAUCCACUUACGAAGCCAGAAAACAGAGUCAGGACCUGCAAUGAUCACCCGUGCCCGCCCAGGUGGAACUACACAGACUUUUCCCAGUGCACAAAGUCUUGUGGCAUUGGUAUACAGACGAGAGAAGUCACAUGUAUUCAUGAGGUAACCCGGGGGGGAACAAACACAGUAGUGGUACCCAACAGUAUGUGCCCCCAGCCACCUCCACCUGAUCGUCAAUACUGCAACGUCCUUGACUGUCCUGUGCGAUGGCAUAGUGGAGACUGGACCAAGUGCUCUAAAACCUGCGGAGGAGGGGUCAAGCAAAGAGAGGUUAUAUGUAAACAAGUAAUGGCCCAAUCUCAUGUGGUAGAGCGCCCUCCCUCACAAUGCAGCUCUCCACGACCUGCUUCAACCAAACCCUGCAAUAGUCGACCAUGUCUUUUGGACACUUCAGCGCCAGAAAUAUCCCUGGCUAACUCGUCAUAUAUUCAACAUGACCCUAAGAAGAAAAAGGUAACAGUUAAAGUUGGUGGAUCAGCGACAAUAUUUUAUGGGACUCAAGUAAAAAUAAAAUGUCCUGUUAAAGGAUACAAUAGAACCAAAAUACAGUGGGCGAAGGAUAGUCAAAUAAUAUCGAAGUCUAAAAAGUAUAAGAUAUCGAAAAAGGGCGCACUACGGAUAACGUCCUUAUCACUACGAGAUCAUGGAGUCUACACAUGCGUAGCUGGAAGAUCGAGUGCAAACCUUACAUUAUUGGUCAAACCUAGGCCUGGAGAAUUCCCUUCCAGUGAGGAAAUAGAGAGGCACAAAGCGUUAGACGAGCCGUCUUCACCAUUGGCAGACCGAGCCGAUGGGCGCUAUCGGGCAAUGAUAGGCGGAAGAUCAGACGAUCAAUCGCAUGAACAGAGACCGGGAGAACAGAAGAAGAAUUAUAAGGGUAGACAAAAAGGCAAAGUUGAUAAAGUUCGAGACGCGUUAUACGGAAGUGCAAGUACGAGUACGAAAGCCUCGCCGAGCUUCAACUCGCAGGCCCGAGACAUCUAUGAUGAGAAUGAGGAGAGUGCUAUAUCAUCCCGGAUGCUCCCGCCCAAUAGCAGUGGCGCCUCACAACUCUUGCCGUGUCUGCAUUUCCUUGUCAUGCAACUUCAGAUGUUCUGGAAUUUUCAGACCACAGGCAAUUCGAGAGGUCAAAGAAUGGCAGAUCCUGUUUUAAUGUACCAAAAUUACGGACCACCGACGAAGACUCGCAUCGUGAGCUUUGAUAGCAAGCAAAUCGUCUUUCCCGAAGACGAUGACUCUGAUAUCAUCAUCGUUAAUGAAGAUUACCAAAAGAAUACGCUAGAAGAACGCCUGGAUGUUGGUGAUUUGAUUGAAUCCACAACUGUUACGGAAAGGACACUCCCAAGUGACGCCCAUGAAUACACCUGGAUGACAACUGACUGGUCGCCGUGCAAUGCUCCCUGUGGUGCAACAGGUCACGAAGUUAGGGGAGCGGUCUGUCAGCAUAAAAUAGGGAAUGAAACGGCGACAGUGGAGACGGAAGAAUGUCUGACAAGGAUAGCAAUACAACCGACUGUUCUUCGCGAAUGUGUCGGCCGCAGUUGUGCCACUUGGAGUAUUUCUUCCUGGUCUCCUAUUCGAUGUUUGUCUAGUGGAAUUGCGAUAUCUCGACGUCGAGUUGAAUGUGUAGCGGAUAACGGAACUACACUAGCGGAUCCUGCGUGCUCGUUCUCUUCUCGCCCUGAGAGGACUCGUCGGGAGGCAGUCCGGUGCCAGCCUGUUUGGGUCGUGGGAUCUUGGAGUAAGUGCAUAGGAACCUGCGGUGUGACAGGCAGACAACACCGUGUGUUGCGUUGCGUAUGGCGGUUCCCAGACAUGCGCAGGCGCGCCAAGAAAGAACGCCCUGCUGCACUUUGUACCGGCGUUAGGCCAGAUGUUGCCAGGGAAUGUCACAUGUCUUGUAAUCAAGCAGAUGGCGUGUGCAAAGACACGUCCCGUUUCUGCGAAAACGUACGCGCAAUGAACAUGUGCGCAGUACGUCGAUACAAGGAGCAUUGUUGCAAAACUUGCGACGAUUAA